ACGUCCUCUAAUGAGACUCUGUCCCUCCCCCUCUUGGUCUUUACUUUCCUCACUCACAGUAUUUCCCUCAGUCUGCUCCUGCUUCAGCGUUCACAAGCUCGAGUCCCAUUCAAGAUCCAAGAGGUCUUCCACUCGUGAGGAGCACACGCGAGGCCAGCAAGUACAAAGAUGUCUGUGCCACUGUCUGUGCUGAUAUGUCUGUCGACUGUCCACCUCUGCAUGGGCGAUCAGCUUGUGGAGGAAGUCAUCACCACAAAGAAAGUGCCUCUCCUGGGUGGCUGGUUCGAGAGGAGUCCAGAAUCAGCCGAGGUUCAGAAGGCAACUGAACAGGCUGUGAAUAUGUUCAACGCCCGAUCCAAGAGCAAGCGUGUGUUCAAGCUGGAUUCCAUCACUGCUGCUCAGACUCAGGUGACCAACACGAUCAACUACAGGAUCGACGCCGUCUUGAGGAAAACCAAAUGUCUCAAGUCCGAAAAUCCCGACUUGGAGAAUUGCAAUUUCGAUAAAAAGGUAGUUCCUAUCACACUGAUGAAUGAUCACAGGAUCAAUUCCCAACAUGUGAAGUGCGUCUUCGAUGUGACCUUCAACCCACGCAACAACAAACACGAGCUGCAGAAUCACAAGUGCAAGAAAGUCAUCCUGGACAAAGUGGAACUUUUGGAUUGACGGAACACUUUCACACUGAAGUUUAGCUCCAGAGCUUUGACCUCUGAACUCAAUAGAGUGCUGAUGAGUUAAGAGCUGGAUGUGUGGGUUCGUCCAUUUUUAAUAA